UAGAGACAGCUGCUCAUUAGCUAAGAGUACAAGUAGAGGCCUCACACCUGAGCUCCAGUCCUUAGAUCGGUGCAAGUCAAGCCAUCAUGAAAUCUGUGUUGGUGUUCACUUUGGCCAUCGCUGCCUCCUACGGAGCAGUGGAAUGGAAGGAUUUCCGAGCUGGGGACGUAAAGCUGCCAACCAGUGAGGUGGACGCACUUGCCGCAGGCUGGAAGUCCUUACAAGAGGAUGAAAAAUUCAAGUUGACCUGGUACACUCAGGAAAACGAUCCAAGGUUUAUGCUGGGAUACGACGGACGUCAGAAGUUGGCUGGCCUUAGGGUGGCUUUCCUCAAAAGUGACGUAGAUCCUAACUAUACUACAGGUUACACGAAGAGUGGCAUAUUCGAGGAGGGGACUUUCCUAGGCAAGCCAGUCUUCUACUCCACGGUACUCAUGACACCUGAGGGUGUGCUGAGGAGCGGAGGUCGUCGCUCCUUGCCCGAUGAUGAGAUUGCUUUGUCUGCUGACCUCAAGCGCCACGGUAAAUUUAAGAGUUUACCCAGGGACGGAUGUGAAGCUGCACAGGGUGCUGUCGUUGAACAAGGCUGCCAAAGUGGAUAUGGUUUAGUGUUUUCCAAGUUUGGAAGCAAGACAAGUUGUGAUUCUUUGGCUCCAUUCUACUCCAUCUAUGAUCCUGAAGGGAAAGGGAAUCUGAUAGGAUUUGGAUAUUUGUCCUUCAGUAAGUUCUCAGCUGAUGACUUCAAUACCAAGACAUUCUACAAGACUCUAUCUGCUAGUGACUUUAAGAGCUUGUUCCCUAAGGCUCCAUCCUGUCUUUCCUCCUACGCGCAGAAGAAUGGUCUGACAGCCAUUGACGUUUGGCUCAGCUACGACUCCAGCAAGAAGGCCUCCUGCUCAGGUUCGAACUGGGUCGACUCGCACUGCCAGAGGAAGAGGAGCACCAGACCUGGCCAGUUCGCCUCCUCCAGUGACGAAUUCGUUGACUCCGAGGAGUCUUAAAAAAUAUCAGCUUCGAUUUCCAUCACUUUGUGACUUGUUAUUUAUAAUUUCAAGAAAACGAAUAAACUUUUCAUUUUCCA